AAUCAAAUAUUUAGGUCAUUAUAAAUAUGGAUGAGUAGUGAAGCAUGCAGAGACAGUUAGCUAUUAGAUAAUUAAUCAGAAAAAUGUUGAGCUUCCUUCAGUUCUCACCAGAGCUGCAGCAACAUGGAACUUCCUCAUUGUUGCUACCUUUAUUAUUCUUCACCAUCUUAGCCUCGUCCUUCAUUAUCUUCUUCUUCAAGAAACCGUCUCCACUCCACAGAAAACAACCACCUUCUCCAUCUAAGCUUCCAGUCAUAGGAAACCUCCACCAACUCGGCUUACAUCCUCAUCGUUCUCUUCGAAUCUUGGCCCACAUGCAUGGUCCGAUCAUGUUGCUUCACUUAGGGAGUAACCCCGUCUUGGUUGUCUCAUCACCCGAACUGGCUCGCGACAUCAUGAAAACACAUGAUCUUAUCUUUGCGGACAGACCUACUACAAAAUUGUUGACGAUGCUUGUGUAUGAUCAGAAAGAUGUGGCUGUAGGUCGGUAUGGUGAGCACUGGAGACAAAAGAAAAGCAUAUGCGUUGUGCAUCUAUUAAAUAACAAAAGGGUACAAUCUUACAAAGAGAUUAGAGAAGAAGAGAUAAAUUUAAUGAUCGAUACCAUAAUAAACUCUUCUUUUUCUUCUUCAAAUUCAUCAGUAGUUAAUUUAAGUGAAGAGAUGGCUAGGGUUAGCAAUAAUGUUGUUUUCAGAACAGCUUUGGGGAGAAAGUAUAGUCCUAUUGGAGGGAGAACAUUUAGGGAGCUUUUAGAGGAAUUUCAGAGUUUAUUGGGAGGCUUUGAUGUUGGAGAUUAUAUUCCAUGGCUUGGGUGGGUUAAUCAUGUGACUGGGCUGUAUGCUCAAGCUAGAAAAGUGGCUAAAGAGUUUGAUGAUUUCCUAGAAAAGGUAAUUGAUGAACAUAUUGCAAAGGGUUGCUAUAGCAAAGAAGAUACUGAUAAGGAUUUUGUGGAUGUUUUGCUUUGCCUUCAAAAACAGAACUCGGCUGGUUUUUCGAUUGAUAGAACCUGUAUCAAAGCUAUCAUCCUGGAUAUAUUUGUAGCUGGUACAGACACUACAUACACAUUGAUGGAAUGGGUGAUGACGGAACUCCUGAGGCAUCCUGAGAUCAUGAAGAGAGUCCAAAAUGAAAUUAGAGAAAUUGCCAAAGACAAAAUAUUUAUAUCAGAAACGGAUUUGAAUAAACUACCAUACUUAAAAGCAGUGAUCAAAGAAACCUUCCGAAUGCAUCCUCCGGUCCCAUUACUACUUCCUCGUGUAGCUAUGAAAGAUGUCAAAUUACAGGGAUACGGUGUUGAAGCCGGAACCCAAGUUAUUAUUAAUGUUUUUGCAAUCGGUAGAGAUCCGACAUUAUGGGACCGAGCUGAAGAGUUCUGGCCAGACAGGUUUUUAAAUGGUUCUAUUGACUUUAGAGGACAUGAUUUUGAGCUAACACCAUUUGGAUCAGGCAGAAGAAUUUGUCCCGGUAUUCAGUUUGCAACGAACACAUAUGAGCUUGCCCUAGCAAAUUUGCUAUACAGGUUUGAGUGGGCACCGCAUGGUCUAGUUAAAGGUGAAGAUUUGGAUAUUACAGAAAGUGUUGGUAUCGCAGUACAUAAAAAACAUCCCCUUUUUGCAGUUGCAACUCCAUACAUAUAAAUUUAAUAUUAUAUAUACAGUGUGUUUGUAUUUUAUUUAACUUGA